AUGAUUUCUUUCAGCUUAAAUAAUAUUCCACAUCGAGGUUUCUCAGAAAUUAUUAGUCUAUUGUUUAUAUCAAGUCAUUUCAAUAGACAGUAUUAAUUUCUCUUUACUUUGGCGGAUGAGAUUGAGUUUAAUUAAAUAUAAAAAUUGCCUCAUGAAACUUUAUAUUUGAUUUUAAACUAAAAAAUAAAUGAAUAAGCUUAGUUAAAAUUCUGUUUUGACUGUCUGCGCUCGUUAAUGCAAAUCGAAAGACAACGAUUCUAACUUUAGGCGCCAGCCCAUGUAAUCACAGUUGGAGACGUUCGAUCGGAUUGGUUUAAAUGAAAUCCCAUGAUCAAAUUUCAACGGGAACAGUUUAUGGAAUCGCUCUGUGCCAGAGGUUUUUUCUAGCAGCAAAUAAAGGUCCUGUGGCCGACACCGAGCUACCCCGCCGCACGCGAGAAAAAUCUUUUGGUACCCAGGGUGCAGGUUAUAUCAUCAAUUAAAACAUUAAAGUGCCCAUCACCUAAAAUUUUUUAUUUUCUUAUCUGAAACUAUACCUUAUUAAAAAUAACUUCUGCAAAAAAAUUUUGCGGUGUGAACAAAACGCGAUUUUUUUACCAAUUUUUGAAGUCUACAUUUUUGCGGUACACCCGUGCCGCUGAUCAUGCAAACUAGCAGGCUCACAUAUGACGUCAUGUGACGUAAAUUAAGGAACUCGCAUUACCCAGCGGUAAACAAAAAAGAUAAAUUACAAGUAAGGAUUGAAUUACAAUGUCUUCGCAAGAAGAAAGUUUUUCUGAAAAAGAAAAACCUAUCAGAACUCUUAAUGUUUUCUUGUCGAUAAGGUCGCGUGUUCCUUAAAGUACGUCAUAUGACGCCAUACUCCGAGAGAAGACUAAGACGAAUGGUGUGCAAAAAUGGCGGCGAAUUUGAACUUUUUUAAAAAAAUAUAUAAAAAAUCGUCUUUCGUUCAAAUCGCAAAAUUUUUUCGCAGAAGUUAUUUUAAUAAGGUGUAGUUUCAGAUAAGAAAAUAAUAAAUUUUAGGUGAUGGGCACUUUAAAAUCCUGUCAAACCAGUAAUACUCUAGCACGGCAAAAGAAACAUUUAUAAGAUAAAGACAAAAGGCUAUAACGUCAUCGGCUCUGUUCCCCCAGAAAGUAACACUUUCAGUAACAUAUAACCACUUGAAUUGCUCUCAAUAGCAAAACUGAUAAAAAAUGUGGGUACCAUUGCAUCAGUUUUCGAAUGUGAUGGUUAAUUUACAUUAUAUGUGCCUUUUAAGCUGAAUUGUUAUAUACUGUACAUUGUAACAGGCACGUUUUAUCAGCUGUAAACUUUCAUAACUAUCACACGAUGAAGAAUGUACCGUCGAAACAUGUUUUUUUUUUAAUUAAAAAAAGUCGCACUAUUUUUGAAAAUCAUGACAUCUAGCAGAGCACCUACUUGGGAAAGAAUUUUCUGAUAUCUAUCAGCAAAUCCGUCUGACAAGUCUUUAUACGACAACAAAGUAGACUGAACUGUGGAUACAGAAUAUGCGCGGGUUGUGUGACGUAAUCAGCAUACUUUUCACUCCUGAUUUGCCCCUAUUUUACUUAAAGGGACAGUGUCCCGAUUAUGCGCACGCGCGAGCGUCAUCUGUUUUUUCUUCAAAAGACAAUAGAACUGUCAUAUUGACUCGACAAGAUUUCCUUCCGGACCGCACCGCCGACGGAGAUUUGUUGUUUAUAUUCUCAAGUAAUAUUUUAGACUUUCGAAGAUGUCUUUCGUCUUAUUUAAAAUUUUUUAUCGCUAGCAGGGCCGCCUCGCGACCCGAAAAUCUCUUUUCGCUCCGGCUCGCUUUAAAAACAGAUUUGCUAAUGUGAAACUCGUGUCAGAGGUCAAUUGUUCUAAGUCCAGUAAUAUCUGCCUGAUUUGCUCGCGUUCUAGCCUCAAACGUUUGAAAGACAUAAAUAAAAAUGCAAUCUCAACGCUAUGAAUCAUCGCAAAGGUUAGUCAAAAAUUAUAUUAUGAUUUCAUGGAACUAGUUUUUUUAAACAUGUAGCGCCUGUUUGUUUGAUUUUGUCGGCCGAAGGGAGAUUUAUUUAAAAGUUUACUAACGCGUCGUUGCAAAACAUUCUGCUUCACGAAGCUCCCCUCCACAAGAUCUCCUCAGUCACAUCAAUGUCUCAAUGGUUUCUUUCGUACAGUCUUUAUUGUGGCUGUUUCACUUCUGCGUAUUCCUUUCACAAUAAUCUGAGCUUGUAUGGAAGCUAGCAGAAGAGAUAAGCCUUCAAUCGGCAUCAAAGCGCUUCCCAUCUUUUGGUCCGCCGGCCAACGGCAAUAAAAGUAACGCCAAAAAAUCCAGAUUUCGCCCAAAUCGAAACUUAACAGGAACAAUAUAUCAUUGAUCUGUAAUCCUGAGAAGUUUUAGUGUAGUAUUGAACUCGGCCAAGCGCGAUGCAAACGGAUUUUUCAAGGUUCUCUUACUCUCCUCGCAUCUUUUGAUUUCGGGACAUCCUGUCCAAAAAUCAAAGUUUGGUGCAUGCGCAGUAACGGGAUACUGUUCCUUUAAUGAGUUUACUAGCAGACAUAAUAUGUCGUUAAACUGAUUUAUGUCUUUUGUUUUAACCUUCUCGGUAAGGCAUCUUCAAGGAAGAAAGCAUUGAGGGCAUUUUUACCAGUGAAGGUGGUGUAAUGGCUGGAGGAAAUAUCAGGCUAGUGUGCCCCCCUGGAGCUCUUGACGAUUCCUUGUCUGUAACCAUAACAUUAGAGGACCCGUCUAAGUACUACAGUUUGAUAGUUCAAAAGGAUCUGGAAAAUGACGUUAUUAUAGCUGCACCCAUCGUUAAUCUACAACCGAAUGGCCAUUCUUUCAGGAAACCUAUAAAGCUGACAACUAGUUUUAAAAGCAUGAAUUGGAAAUGGAAUGGAGAUAAUGUUUUCAUUUUGCAUGGCACUGAAGCUAGAGAUGGAAAGGUCACCUGGCAAGACAUCACUAAGAGUUCAAAGAUUAAUGAGGCAGCCGGAGAAGUUGAGGUUGAACUGAAACAUUUCUCACUCAUUAUGGUUCUGUUACGUUGGACCUUGAUCCGUAGUAAAGACAUUCUGUCCAGAUUUGAUUUGCUGUCGUUUGAUUACACGUUACUGGUGCUGUUGAACAAGACGAGUCCCUCAUCUGCACACGACAUGCUUGCUCUACUUUUCGUGAGCCAAGACGUUUACCACGAACAAUUCUUCAGAGAGGACGAGACUUCAGCUUUGGUACAGCUUAGGAAAGAGGGUUUUAUAGAGGUACAUGAACAUGCCACUGACAGACUAGAUAAAAAGCGAAUUUACAAUCAUGAAAACCUUCAAGUUAGUAUUCAACUCGGGGAAGACUACAGACUCUCUGAUAGCCAGCACAGAAGUUUUAGUUUCGGUGUAGAUUCCUUUGUUUGGUGGAAUGGAGGAAAGGUAAUCAAACUUCCUCUGGAAUGGAGAAACGAAGUGAGAUAUCUCUGUGGGACAGUCAGCGUGAAUGGAGAAAAUGGGCACGUGAGCAAGAAGCAUUUUAGUGAAGGAGGUAAAUUUGUUAGGUGCUUUAGUAUAACAGUAUACAAUAGAUGGCGGUGGUGCUUAAAGAUCCUUCUUAUCUUGGUCUCCAUAGUUAAUCUUUAAAACAUGAAUUAAAUGCGAUUCUCGCGAACGAAACACACGUUAAGUCUAUUCAUUUAUUUGACCACUCAUUCACUCACUAUCGUACCCUUUACUUAGGACUCUUACCUCCGACCUCGACGCAAAAUAGGGGUAAACAUAUCAUUUAAUAAAUUGUCUCCAAAAAAUUUGUAGUGACACUACUAAGUGUCCCCUCUUAUGCCAGUCGAGCAUCUUCGUCAAAUUCUUUAGGCCAGUUAUUUAAACGUACAUUGUAGUUAAGCCAAUGUUUAACUAAACCGCGUUUUAAGCAAUUUUCAAUGUGCCCCACGGUUUUAUCUAAAAAAGCCAUAUAAUGAAUAACUUAUUAACCUCGUCCGUUCGGUCUUUUUUGGCAGGGACAUUGACCUCGCCAUUGCUUGGUCAAUAUAACAAGGCCUCGGUCUGAGAUGUCCCCGUAAUGACCUCACUCUCGCUUAACAAGUGGUAUGUUAUUUUUUCACAGAUCUGUGUAAUUAUGUUAGGAAGUUACUGGGUAUGGAGGGGAACAUCUUUAACGUCGUAACCAUUGCAAGGCUGCUUGAGAUGCCUGAAGAGUUAAUGCAUCAAGUCACCAGUUCUUGGAAGGACGACUACGAGCAGUUGAACCUUUCUUUGCAACACUGGUUGGAGAAGAGUGCUGGAGUAGAAAAUCUUUCUUCUCUCAAGAAGUGUCUGGAGGGCCUAAAUCAAGAAGGUCAGUGGUGUUUCAAGCGGACUUGCGGCGCAAUGGCUGUUUUUUUUUUUGUUUUUUGUUUUUUAAAGAUAUGUAAAUUUCUUACUUAGUUUAUUAGGAUCUGUGUCACGAAAUUUAUCAAAAUCCAGACAGUUGAAACCGCCACCAAACUGAGUGAAAUAUAAGAAUAACUUCUCAAGCAAUGAACAGAAGGUAUAAAUAAUACUCCAAAUACAAAAGGAGGCACGGAUGGACAAACUUGAAGAGGAAUGAAACGGAUUGAAAUAGCGGCUGCUGGGUUUGGAAACUUAAUAGCCUAGCCUAAACGUUUUUCAAAGUUCAGUUUUGUUUUUUGUAACAAUAUAAUGUUUGAAGACAUUUGUUUGACAGGAGCUGUGAUUUUGUCAUUCACAAUUAAUUUCGCACGGUUCUAUAGGCAACAUGGAUGCGUUGCUGGCAUUAAUUAUUAACAAAAUGAACAGCCGUGGCACAGUCCCCUUAAGUAACCCUUAAGACCUUCCUGUAUCCUUUCUGGACCUAAAUUUCAAAAAGGCGCCCAGUUCAUAGUAGAGGAAACAGUUUACCAAUUUUAUUCUGUGAUAUUCUUUUAUAAUACUCACUAGAAUACAAUGUAACAUCAAGAGGCCAGAUGCACAUCAGGCGCUUGAGAAAUCUUGCCACGAAGAUAACUGGCUUACAACUCGUUAACACAGAUUUAGUGAGGUAUUUUUCACGUAAAGCUACAAUUCUUUGCAACUCUGUGUUGAGAGACUGUUGCCUGGAGUUGAACCAGGAUAAAGCCUUUUCAUCUUCCAAAAAUGCAGAUCCUUUAGUCAAACAGUUCAUCGAGAAUCGUCAACCAAUGCCAGAAGAUAUUUCUACAAAAUAUAAACUGGUGUGUUCACCGUCAGAUGAAUCGAGGACCAGCAUUUUUCUUGCCAUUGUUCCCCAUCUCAUUCAAACCAUCAAGGAAAUCUUUGUUGACCAUAAGAGGCUUGUUCCUCAUAGUGGCUUGAUUGGACUUCGUGAGGACAACGUAAAUCAGUUGUUGACAAGCGUUUUGAAUGCUCGACAAAACAACAGAUUCCGGGAUCUUGUGUAUGUGGAGUGCCAAAUUCUGGAGAAGUUGUGCCUGAAGAAUCACAACAAGAAGCCUGUUGCAGAAAUUACAAAGUGGAGCGAAAGUCUUGCCAUUGAGCAAAUGCUCAACUUUCUAGAGCGGUUUUUCAAGCACUGCCUACACGACAUAAGGCUGCACAGAAGAUUAGAAUUUUUUUCUUGCCGCCUACGAGACACAUUGUUGACCGACGACAAGGAAGUAGAUGAAGAUUACAUGCAAGAUUUUGCCAACAUUUUAUUGAGUCUCGUUGAUUUUGCCAAGUUUGAUCCUUCAAAACUGGUGAGAUUUGAGCUAAUUGAUUCGAAAAACUCCACAUUGUCCAGUACCUCGUCUGAUGUUGAGAACGUGGUGCACGACGAAUAUGACGACACAUACUCUCAAACGUUCAGCAUCAAGAAAGUAUCGGAGGACGAGCUUCAACUGAGUGCGGCUGCAUGUGUGCACAUCUAUGGAUCAAUGCGCAAGAUAGGGGCAUUCCAGUCAAUUAUUAUGCUGAAUCGAUCUGGCAUGGAUGCAUUUAACAGAUACAUAAGUCGCUUCGCUCCAGCUGACAUUGCGGUAAUGAAAAUGGAAGCCGAAAACGAGCAUUCGGGAAAUCUUCAAACAGUUCUUUAUGCAUCACAAAAGGAGAAGCUAUCAGAAUUGAUACAGAUCUUCAAACGAGAACUGAGUGAAGACAUGGUAGACUUGAGUCACUCAGAGGUCUCUCAGUGUUACCUUUCAAUGCGAUGUAUUGACUUCACGAAAGAAAAGGUCCUAAGACUCCGUCUAGUGUACAAAUGGGGUUCGGAGGCAGUUGCUCUGGACAGUAACGACUUUGUGACCCUUUCCGAUUGCUCAACUGGCGGCGCCUGUUUACUGGAAGUAAAAAGUUUUGGUAAGUUGGAGUCGUUUAUUGUUUGUGUCUGUUUAUCCCACCCUAAGUCACGUCCAUAAGUUCAAUAAAUCCUUUCUUUGUUGCGUGCAGCGUUUGAACGGUCAAUAUUUUUAACACAUGUUCGAUACUCACAGGCUAUUAUACAUUGUAAUCAGUGUCUAUCCAUCUUACUGGCUUAGGGCCUACAGUUAAUUCUGAACAUCAGUGCACCCUUAAGAUAAUUCAGUUUUCUACUACUAGAUACAACUGAAUAAUCUAAGUUGCGUGUGCAAUGCAUGAGUACCAAAAAUGAUGCCAAGUCGCGUUUGGCGAUUGGCACUCAAUAUUACAAGGUUCUAUUUCAAUCGGGAAUUCUUUUGUUUCUAAUAAACUCCUUACGAAAGCUGUAUCGUCCUUGCAAACUUUUAAAGGACCCCGUCAUGCAUGCGUGAAAACAACGGGCAAAAGGGGGCUUGAUGUUGGGGUAGAGGGCCAUGGUAACGGUCCAAUCUUUUUCAAAUCCCUGCUUAAGGCUGAUUAAAGUGGAAAAAAAAUGUGUAUCCUAUCUUGAAAAAUUACUUCCUCGUGGAAGAGUUAGCUAUAAGAAGGAACGCGAGACUAGACAAAUGUUCGAAGAAGGGAGGUAUAAGAAGACAGGAAGGGAAAGAGGGUAGAAUAGUUUAGGGCAUCACCUUAUCAUCUAACUUGUGAGAAAAAAAUUUCUUUCACUCAGGUUUGGACAACUCACUUAUGUCUGAAGAUUUCGAAGGGCUCUCACUGACUUCUGUUGGUGGCAAAUUUCCCUCGACUUCUUUUGAUGAGUUACAGAAACACUGCAGUGCGCAGGGCGGGAAAAUCGGUAACGAAAAAGUGCUCUUCUUUAGUUCUGUAGAUUUCCUCAUAACUCUAAAACAAGCGUCGAACGUCUAGUACUAAGUUCAGAGUACCAGUUGAACCUCUUUCAGGGGACACCCUCGGGAGCAAGACGAGUGUCCUCUGAAUAGAGGUGUCCAAUGUUCUCUGAACUAAGUACUAAAAGACGUUGGUUUUAGAGUUAUGGGUUGGGGUUUGGUAAUAAUUAACCAACAGAUAAAAUAUUUUUCUUUUAUUCUUCCUCGGAAUCUGCGGCAGUAGUUGUUUAAAGCGGCUAGAAAAUGAUAUUUAAAAAAUCGUGAAUAACUUAUCUCUACGAUGUUUUGCCGUUGAGUCCCCAAAAGUGCAGUUCAUCGAUUUGAGUGAGAUAAUUCAUGUUUUGAAAGUUCUCACCAUUGUGACUAAUGAACACGUGUAACUGACUUAUCAACGAUUUUUGUGGUCAGUCCCUUUUUGAAUGCUGUAAUGUGUCCCCUGAAUGGAGGAUAAACCCGGAUUUGGGGCCCAGAAAAAGUCUCCCUUUCCGCUGAAAUUUGAAGUUUUUGAAGUCUAUUUUCUCGGACUCCCAUGAGAUCCUUUUCUUUGGAUAACUUAUUACAUUUAUAACCCUAGAAAAGUGUAAAAAAGAAUGCAAUAUACGUGAAAUUAUUCUGAAAAUUAUUCGGAAAAUCAACGUUUCUCAAUUUCCUAAUGAAUUCCGUCUUAAGCUUUAGGGAGAAACAUAUAGAUAAUUUCAGAGAGAUCCUGAUGGCAUGCCCUCCUCCACGUUUAGUCUUCCUACAAGUACUUUUUUUCUCAUCAGCUGGUAAAAAUUUAUAGUAGUUUCUUACAACGUGAGGAUAAUUAUUUCUGUCAGACGAAUGAAAAUAGAUGUUUGUUUCGUAAUAAAAAGUUUCAGUUGCGUGAGGUAUCACAAAGAGUUCUAUCGGUUACGAAAUUAAUGAUUUCUAGAUGGUGGUGGGAUAUAUGUUAAAUAUGUGAUGAAUCUUGUUUCAGAGUAUCACUUACACCAGACAAUUAACCAAGUGACAAGCCCGCACACUUGUGUGAUAGGCAACCAAGCUACUGUGAAUGAUCAGAUGUCAAGCCAAAGGUAAAUAUCUCCUGGAGCUAAAUACAAAGGCAGUAGUCAGUAGUAUUCUGAGACCCUUUUUGUCGGUAUGAGCUGUAAUACACGACUAAACGCGUGGCGCUUAUGUAACCAACUUGAGUUGCCUAUGAUUGCAAAGAGUAUCUCAGCCUUUUGCCGAAUUGACACUUAAAGACGAAUUAUGCGAUAGAUGCCGCGCAAGAUUCAGGAUUUGGCUCUGGGACCGGCAAUAUUACUCGGAACUGAAUUUCACCCUUAGCUUUAAUGCCGUCAGUAUAACAUUUUAAGAACAGGCUAAUUGAUGAUCAGAGUCAGUAUCGACCAGCUAUUUAGCUCAUGGGUCAAAUAUUGCUCUUGUCAAGACAUCCUUGUUUUAUUUCCUUUCCUCUCCUCUUUCUUUCUAAUGGAUCAUUCUUGUGUAUUUGGACUUACCGUUUUUCUUACCAUCGAUUAUAUUUUGCCAGAUGUUGAUGCAUGUAUUUUUUUUAAAAGGCAGUCACUGACAUUGUCGUGGACCGAUGUUUUGAUCUCUUUUACUUCAGUUUUACUGUACUAGGCGCAUUAACCUCUAUUAAAUUACGCCUAAUUGCACUGAGUGAGCCUUUUGGCUAAAAAAAAUUACGCUUGCAACUGGUUCCGGUUACAAUACAUUUCCCGGGUACAUUAACAUUUUGUUAUGAAUUAUUUCUUUCCUUUGCCUUCGUUUCACUGUAGACAUUCACUGUGAAAAGGACUGUAUCUUCGUGGGGGGCCCUGCUGAAGGCAGCGUCUGCUGUCAUUAGGCACUAGACGUUGGCGAACCGUAUUAAAUAGAGGUCUCUAAGAGUGGCAGGGUCUUGCUAAAAGUUACCAUUAUACUUAACUGCGGUCAAACGUGACAAAUUUACAAAAGCUAAGGUUGUAAAUUUUAAUCUGCUGCCAAUUUACUAAACUUUUUAGGGGUUUCCUCGAAACGUUUAAAGUGUGUGAGAACUGAUCCGGCUUUUCUGUUGGUCAACACGUCACAAUUUUACUCCGGCAAGAAGCGUUUUCAACGAAAAGAAGCUCAUUGUAUUGAGAAAAAUGCAAGGAUAGUUAAAUCAACUCAUUCUUUAGACAUUCUUGGAUGCGCUUGUUUUCACCUAGUGUAAAAUAAAAUCCCACUGAACAAAAAAGCGCCUUGGACCUUUGACCGUGGUGGAUACCAUACUUGGCUAAGAACGGAGAGUGAAAAAAAGUAAACUAAAACUUGGAAACGUUGGACCAAAGUCAACUUUAACAGAGUUCUCUAAGAUAAAUCGCUGAAACCCUGUCUGUAACGGUUUGUUCAAAGAUUGGUGGACGAAUUUUUUUAAGACUUCUCCUUGUUGUUUUAAGGUGAAGGUCAUAUAGUGCGUCAAAAUUCUAGCGUAGUUUACACGCAAACCUGGAAGGGUACUCAUUGAUGGUUCUUUUUAAUUAGUUUGACUAGUCAUUUGUCUCAUAUCUUCUGUUUGUCUAUAGAGCUCUCCCGGAGGGUUUGAAUUGCUCUCCUAAGAGAUCCAUUACUGAAGGAAGGAGAUCUUCACUAGAAGGAGAAGAUUCUAAAGACAGAUUAUGA